CUGUUUAAUCCCCGGGACUCUCGCCUAUAAAUAGCUUUCCCUCCCAAAAAUAGGAACCCACAAGAUCCCAAGGGUUGCGGUGAGGUCCUGAAUACUUCUCGUUUUUGGUUGGAUUUUCCUUUUUCUCGGCCCCCUGAGACCGGUGCAGAAGGCAAGAUCUUGUCGGUAACGGACUCGCCGGAUCUCGUGUCGGCCAAUGUGCCUGUCGUUCUCGGGCUAGCGAAAUUUGGAGGGAAACGAGUGCCGAUCUUGCGAGAAGUCGAAGGAUCCAGGAGAAAUGGCGGAGAACGGAAGAGUUGAGGUAAAUGGCGUCGCCAAGAGUUUGGGGAGUGAGAAGUUCAGGAUCUUCAUCGGGUACGAUCCCCGCGAGGAUCAGGCCUACAAUGUAUGCAAGCACUCGAUCUUGAAGCAUGCUUCGAUUCCUGUAGAGAUCCACCCGAUAGUUCAGUCGGAGCUUCGGAAGAAGAAUCUGUAUUGGCGCGAAAGGGGCGCGACGGAGAGCACGGAGUUCUCCUUCAGCAGGUUCCUGACUCCUUUCCUCGCUGGCUUCGAAGGCUGGGCGAUGUUCGUCGACUGUGAUUUCCUCUACACGACUGACAUUAAGGAGCUGGUGGACUUGAUCGAUGACAAGUACGCCGUCAUGUGCGUUCAUCACGAUUAUGCUCCUAAAGAGAAGACGAAGAUGGAUGGAGCCAUUCAGACUCUUUAUCCACGGAAGAAUUGGUCGUCCAUGGUGUUGUAUAACUGCGGGCACCCAAAGAAUCGGAUCUUGACGCCUGAAGCUGUUAACACCCAAACAGGCGCGUUCCUUCACCGGUUUAUGUGGCUCGAUGAUAACGAAAUCGGUUCGAUCCCGUUCGUGUGGAACUUUCUUGUUGGGCACAAUCAUGUCGAUGAGAAUGAUCCCAAAACCUUUCCCAAGGCUAUCCAUUACACGCUGGGCGGCCCCUGGUUUGAGGCGUGGAAGGAUUGUGAGUUUGCUGAUCUCUGGUUGAAGGGACUGGAGGAGUACCAAUCGAAGAAUGGUGGUUCCAACAACGAUUUGGUUGAACCUGCGGCUUGAGUCUUUGAGAAGGUGUGUACCGAUUAGGUGAAGAUGGCAAUCAGCUUAGUGUUGCAGGAUGUCUGAUUCCAGUCUAAUUAGUACGUGUUCAACUGAUUCCAUUGGUUUGCUCCAUGAUGUCCUCGUAAUUCUGUACGCCCUAAUUUUCCGGUAUUAGUCCAUAGCUCUCUGGAAGUCUAGGACUUGGCAUUUGACAGUUAAUCCUGGUUUCUUCCCAAACAGAGCAUUUAGUAUUGCGGAUAAUUGGCCUAUGAUAGUAGUACCCCUCCUGUUGGGCGAUGACAAUAUUUGUAUUGUGAAUUUCUUUCCGUCGCAUUGUAUCCAAAUAUUUCUUUUAAAUAAAAUAAUCGAUGGCUUUUUGUUA